AUGACUAAAAGCACUGCAAAUACUUCUAAUAGCAAUGGUAUACAAUAUUUUAUUUAAAUCAUCUUAGUAGGCUAACUUAUUACAAAUAAGGAGAAAUCCAAUGAUAAGUCAUGGGUUAACUUUAAAUUUGAAGAAGAUAGUAAGAUAUAGUCCUAAGAAAAUAGAAUCAAGCAUUAAAUUGUGGCGGAUAAAAAGCCUACCCAUAAUUUGUUGGAAUAAAAACAAUUAAAUGAAAAAUAGAGUAGUAAAGAAUAGAAAUCUCAAGUUCAACAAGAGAAGACUGCCAAAGGAUCAUUAUAAUUUGAGGUUAUUGAUGAAAAUAUUGUCAUCUUAGGAGGAUGGCUAUAGGUCUCAGUCAACUUAGGAAAUCUGCUCAAUGAAUAAGUAGAUGCUAUUACAAAUGCUGCAAAUGAAUAUUUGUAGCAUGGAGCUGGAGUUGCUAGGGCUAUUGCUGACAAAGGAGGACCUCAAAUCUAAAUUGAGUCAGAUGAAUGGGUACUGAAUAAUGGCAAGGUAGACACUGGUACAGCUAGAGGAUUUACUUCAGCAGGAGAAAUGACUAAUUGUAAAUAUGUUAUUCAUGCAGUAGGACCUGUGUGGACUGAUGGUUACAGAGACGAUGAGAGUUUGCUUUAUAAUUGUGUGUAUGAUACUUUAAAGACAGCAACCAAACUUUGCUGCAAGUCUGUUUCUCUGCCAGCUAUUUCAUCAGGUCUAUUUAGAUUUCCUAUAAAACUUUGCGUAAGAUAUUUUUUCAGUGCGGUAGAGGACUUUUGUUACUAAAAUAACCCCGAAAAUGUUUCAUUGAGAAAGAUAAGGUUUACUAAUUUUGAUGAGCCAACAGUAAUUGAGUUUCAAUAAGAAUUCCUUUGGAGAUAUUCUGUCAGAAAGGAAUGUUAUCCAUUGACAGGAAAAGAUAAUUUAGGAGAUAAACACAAGAAUGAAGAGGCAUUAAAAUUAUUAGAGAAUCGUAAUGAGGAAGUGAGUCAAUUCUAUUAAGCAAAUCCAAGAUAAUAAAAAAAGUCUUGGGAAUAGGCUUGCUAUAUGUUAGAUCUUUUCGAGAAAAAAUAUAGGAGAAAAUUACAAAAUAAUUAAGAAGGUAGAGAAUAAAAUAGUAGUAAUUCUUACAAAUAUUAUAACAGGCAAUAUCAGAAUAGAAAAAAAGAUAAUUAUACUGGCUAAGAGAAAAAUUAUUAGAAAAAACACUACGAGCAAUAGAAUAUAGAUGGCAAAAAAAUCAAUGAGGAAAAAAAGAAUAGCUAAGGUUAUAAGUAAAGCUAAAUCAACUCAUAUUUUGGAAAUAAGCAGUCAGCAGAUGAUAAUAAAUAUUCUCAUAAAUAAUAGUAAUUUAGAAAUGAGCAGAAGUAAUACAAUCAAAACUUUUAGCCAUAUAGCAGCAAAUAGAAUAACUUCUAAAUUGAAUAAGAUAAUUUUAGCUCUAAUUAAAUGAAGAAUGAUUAAAGGAAAAAAUCAAAAAAUAAUGAAGAUAUGACAAUGAAUGAUGACUACCAAGGAGCUUCAAAUUAGGGAAGAUAAGUUUAUUUUAAGAAAUAAUAGUGA